CUCGACGCGGAACAGCGGCCCCCAGCCGUCGGCUGGGAACUGAGCCCAGCGUGUCCGCGAGCGUCUGCGGGGACAUUUGUUCGCGGGCGCGCGCCGAGUCCACAGGUGUUUCUGUGGCAGCCACAGGCACCAUGACAGAGCCAUCCGGGGAUGCUCGUCCAGUCCCUCACGGCAGCAAGGCCUGUCGUCGCCUCUUCGGCCCAGUGGACAGCGAGCAGCUGCGCCGUGAUUGCGACGCCCUCAUGGCUGGCUGCCUGCAGGAGGCCCGGGAGCGGUGGAACUUCGACUUUGCCACCGAAACGCCCCUGGAAGGCAACUUCGCCUGGGAGCCCGUGAAGGGCCUGGGCCUGCCCAAGCUCUACCUGACCCCGGGGCCCCGGGGUGGCCCGGAUGACCCGGGCAGGCGGCCCAGCACUUCAGCCGCCCUGCUGCAGGGGUCAUCUCAAGAGGACCACGUGGACCUGUCGCUGUCCUGCACCCUCGUGCCUCGCUCCCCUGAGCGACCUGAGGGGUCCCCUGCUGGGCCUGGAACCUCUGGGGGCCGAAAACGGCGACAGACCAGCAUGACAGAUUUCUACCACUCCAAGCGCCGGCUGAUCUUCUCCAAGAGGAGGCCCUGAUCCACCCCUGGAGCCUUCGCACUCCUGGACACAGCGGGGGGGGCCCCCAGGCCUCUCCCUAUCUUCUGCCUUAGUCCUUCAGUUUGUGUGUCUUAAUUAUUAUUUGUGUUUUAAUUUAAACUCCUCCUCAUGUACAUACCCAGCCUGCCCUCUCUCCCCCCAGCCUCUGGCAGUAGAAUUUAUUUAAAGAAAAAUUAGGCAGUAGAAUGAUAGGCUCCUCAGAGUGCUGGGCAUACUUUUAUUAUAUGAAAUAUUAUUUAAAACCUGUCAUCCUAUACUCUUUGUGUCCUCUCGUGGAGGUCAGGGGGCGUCUGGCUCCAUGCCGGCCACCUCUUCCUCCGCCUUGAGGGACCUGUUCCCUCCCUCUGCUCAUGUCUCAUGAGUAUUCUGUGAUUCCACCCCUUUCUUGGGUUCUCAACCUGAAUUCCUUACCAUUUGAGAAGUAAAUAGAUAGCACUUUGAAGGGGGCCCAGCCAAGUGGGGUCAUCAUAAAAAAAAAAUCUUUGGAGUCCCUUCACCUCCUUUAAGAUUGGGCAGGGUGACUGUGAAGUGGGCACAGCCUAAACUAGGGCUGGGCACUUCGUCCCUCCUGGCCCUUGAUACCCACCUCUGUCCUGUGGUAGGGGAAGGUGGGCCCUGUAGCAGCUCCCCACCUCCACUGAUGGCCCCCUUGGCCGUCCCCUGGGAGCACGCCUCAGUGUUUGGGCUUCUCUCCUGGUGGCUCCCCCUCUACUUUUUGGGGGGCCUCGACUGACUCUCAAGGCCCCUCUGCUGCUCUCCCCUCCCCCGUGUCCUUUGGCUCUGGGUACCUGCCCCCUCCCCCCCAACUUCAUGGACUGGAAGGAAAAAGGACACACAGGAAGUGGACUCCCAAGUCCUACCUCGGGCAGCUCAAGCAACAACCACCUUCUUAUGUAGCUCUGGGGAUGGGGGUCCUGGGUGGUCAGGCAGGCCUCCGUGAGUGGGGGCCACUCCAUAUUAGGGUGUGUGGUGGGGGGACAGACCCCAGCCCCUGGAACUCAUCCAGUGACCUUCCUUGCCUGCUCCAUCCUUCCAACUUUCAUUGCACUUCGAGGAGCAGCUGAACAAGGAGAUGGCCAAGAUGGCGGGCGUAGAGGCUGAGGAAAGGUGCACUAAGUAGACUAAUAGGAGAUGGAGUUGGGGGUGGUCGUCUUUCCCAGCACUGAGCAUGGAGCCCCUGGAGGCGCUGAAGCACUUAGUGGGUCUGACCCCGAACACCCUCCAGUUCCUGUUACAUCCUGGCCUGGACUGUUUCUCCCCGGCCCCCAACUGUUCUGGUUCCCUGUCUCUACCUAGACUGUAACCCUCCCAAGGACAGGGAUCCUGCCCUGUACCACUCUGUGUCCUUCAUAGCCCCUCCCUCGGUGCUGGAUAUACAGCAGGUGCUCAAUAAACAUUAAUGAAUGACUUUACUUGUAA